GCCCUGCGAAGUCCAUGCCAAAACUAGCAGUGGAUUUCUCCCAUCUAACCUCCCCUUAUGCCUUAUUCGAUUAUUGUCACUGCUCUCUGACCAUGCACUGUCGCUUCAGACUCUCAUUUCCCAACUAAGUCAGUCAGAGGAGGCUAAGUGUCCAUUAGGACGUACUCUAAGACCGCAAACCACCUUGUUCCAUGUGAAAAGACGGAACAGAGAGUGAAGAGAGCAAGGGGAACCCUGCAAGUUUAGCUGGCAACCUUCUCACCUACUGGAUUACUGGCCAGACACAAACAAGAAGGGCUAUGAGUGGUCCGGGAGAUUGCUCUAGUUAAUUGGCAAAGGGGAGCUGGUUGGGAGGAGGAGAACCCAGGAGGAGGGAGAACUGGGCAUUUCAGUGCACCGCAGGAUGGCAUCGCCUCUGCCCUGGCUCUACAUUAUUCUAUGGGUAGAAAAUGCCCUAGGGAAACUGGAAGAUGAAGGAAACUUCUACUCCAGAAACAUCAGUCGGAUCUUGGACAACUUGCUUGAAGGCUAUGACAAUCGGCUGCGACCGGGAUUUGGAGGUGCUGUCACUGAAGUCAAAACAGACAUUUACGUAACAAGUUUUGGGCCCGUGUCAGAUGUGGAGAUGGUACAGAUGGCUAUAGGAUUCAUAGUAAGCGGCAAUGAAAACCUGAACCAGCCUUCUAGAACAAAGUAUAUUAUGAUAUUCCUUCAUAUUUCUCAGGAGUAUACAAUGGACGUUUUCUUCCGCCAGACUUGGACCGAUGAGAGGUUGAAGUUUGGGGGGCCAGCUGAGAUUCUGAGUUUGAAUAACCUGAUGGUCAGUAAAAUCUGGACACCUGACACUUUUUUCAGGAAUGGCAAAAAAUCAAUUGCUCACAAUAUGACAACUCCUAACAAACUCUUCAGAAUAAUGCAGAAUGGAACAAUUCUAUACACCAUGAGGCUUACCAUCAACGCUGACUGUCCUAUGAGGCUGGUUAACUUUCCUAUGGAUGGGCAUGCUUGUCCACUCAAGUUUGGGAGUUAUGCUUACCCCAAAAGUGAAAUCAUAUAUACAUGGAAAAAAGGACCACUUUACUCAGUGGAAGUCCCAGAAGAAUCUUCAAGCCUCCUUCAGUAUGAUCUGAUUGGACAAACAGUAUCUAGUGAGACAAUUAAAUCUAACACAGGUGAAUACGUAAUAAUGACAGUUUAUUUCCACUUGCAAAGGAAGAUGGGCUAUUUUAUGAUACAGAUCUAUACUCCUUGCAUUAUGACGGUCAUUCUUUCCCAGGUGUCUUUCUGGAUUAAUAAGGAGUCUGUUCCAGCCAGAACUGUCUUUGGGAUCACCACUGUCUUAACCAUGACCACUCUAAGCAUCAGUGCCAGGCACUCCUUGCCAAAAGUGUCUUAUGCGACCGCCAUGGAUUGGUUUAUAGCUGUUUGCUUUGCUUUUGUCUUCUCUGCUCUUAUUGAGUUCGCAGCUGUCAACUACUUUACCAAUCUUCAGACACAGAAGGCCAAAAGGAAGGCACAGAUUGCAGCCUCACCCCCAGUGACAAUAGCAAAAGCGACUGAACCCUUGGAAGCUGAGAUUGUUUUGCAUCCUGAUUCCAAGUACUAUCUGAAGAAAAGAAUCACCUCUCUGACGUUGCCAAUAGUUCCAUCCUCCAGCACAGUCCUCACAAGAGCUCCCAUCUUACAGUCAACACCUGUCACGCCCCCACCCCUCUCUCCUACCUUUGCGGGUACCAGUAAAAUAGACCAGUAUUCUCGGAUUCUCUUCCCAGUUGCAUUUGCAGGAUUCAACCUUGUAUACUGGAUAGUUUAUCUUUCCAAAGACACGAUGGAAGUGAGCAGCAGUGUUGAAUAGGUUGUAGCCGUAAUAACCUGUAUUCUGUGAGUUCUCAUUUUCUGAAUGUUUAAAAAUAGCAAUGAGACUUGUAUAGAUGCUUUUCUGAACAUGAAAUCGAAAUUGAAAAUCUCUCACACAUAGCUUUGAGUAAGCAUGUAUGGGCAAGAAAAGCAAUAACGUUACUCUUCAAAAUUGGAAGGUGAAGGUUGGUGAAAAAUAUGACUUUUCCGCACAUUAGAGAAAAUUUUAUAAAAGGAUAAAAUGGAUUCAAGAUGAAGUUGCCAAUCUUUGUCCUUCAUUGUUUAAUAUUUUAAUUGUCACUGUGAAUAUCAUUUACCACAAAGCAAAUAAAAAUAAGAAAUGCUGACACUUCCAAA